UAGGGAGGGGGCAUUGAUGUUAUAAAUGUUAUAGUUGUGGAACAAUGGCAGCUGAUCACUGCAUUGUUUGUAAGACCGCGUUCAGAUUCAAAAACUCUACAAGCUGAAUCGAUCCAACUCUGCUGGAGAUUCUCGCUAAAAUGCAUUCAGUGUAAUCAGCUUUAUUGACACGCCUCCCUGAGUAACUGGAUUUAUUAGUUAAUUACCCCCCUAGCAUCUCGAGGAGGGGUGUUGGGCAUUUAAGCCGAUUAUAGUGAUGGCACUUAUAGAGAACCUCCCGCAGAGUUGGAUCGAUCCAGCUUGUACGAUGGGUUUAUCUGAACGCUCCCUGUGUAACCAACAGUUAAUAAGAAAAAGGAAGAUGGCCAUAAUUUCAAACCAAAGAAACGGAGUACUAACUUACAUCUAGGACUCACCGAAUUAGCUUACAUGUAGCAAACAAUACUAUGUACAGAGUAAAAGAAGCUCUAGGUUUUUAAUAGGUCAGUUUGUGUUUUUCGUUUUAACAAGAUUACAGGGCCUACAUAUGAUGGAACGCAACUGUUGGAAUUCGAAAAAAUAUCCGUAUAACAGUAGAAUAAAUGAAACGCUAUUGAUACAUGUAUAAGGCUUGAGUUACGUAAAGAUAAAUACGAAAAAGUCAUGAUUCAGUAUAGUAAGGAAAUUGCUCAUGCUACUUAUAAACCAAAUGAAGUCAUGCGGUAGCAGUAAGCACUUCAUUUACAUUGCUCUUGUAAAUAAUUGACACGUGACGCAUAAAUGACGCUUGGGCGUUUCCUUUUACAUCGUAGAUGAAUUAUAUAUGUACUAGAAAUAGCUGCAAAGAAAUUAGUCUCAGCGUCACCACGAAAUGAGCAUUAAUGAUCUCGUAUGACGCUAAAUUAAGAUGACAAACAUUAUGAAACGAAACACUCCUUUUACUUAUUUCUGUCGAUUUUUAGUUAUUUCUGACGACAUUUUUAAAUGACAUUAUCACGUUCUAUUCACAGGUACAGGGAUACUGCAGAAGAUGAGGAUGAGAAUGUAGGAUGGCCAUAUACACACACAUGGGUCAGUCGGACAUCAGGUCUCUCCCCUAGAUCAGAUCCCUACCCAAACUCCAUUCCCAUGGCAACCAAGCCCUACCCUUGGCGGGAGCCUCCCCCCACCUACUUCAACAACAAGGGGUUUUCUUCCGUAGAAGAUGACGCCCCUUCUUACCCAGGGGUGCACAACUUUGAACGCUACGACUCCAGUCGACGCAACCCAAGUUCAGAAGACCGAGGUGGCUACAGCACUUACCCACCCCGCCCGACAGACCCCAGCAUUCAUCGCAAAGUUACAGAAAACGAAUGGGAGGAGCUUGAAGACUUUUACGGCGCUAAUUUUUCCGAAAGUGCGUCUCGUCGCACCCCCAGCCGUAGUAUGCAUGAAUACAUCCCUUGGCAGCUGCAGUUUGACCAUUUCAACAGAACUGAUAACCACUGGAUUCCAAGACCGAAGACAUCACCGCGUCCCAAUAGGUAUUUUUGAUAUGGUGCAUCAUACAUAAUUUCCGUGGUUUGUGACGUCAUGGCAGUCGUGACAGUGUAGGCGAUAUAGCCCGAAAGAUGUUGAUUACCUGAAAACCAACGCAAUGAUGAUAAAUAUAGAAAUAUACAUGCCUACUGGUGUCUUCAAUAUGUAUCAUAGAGCAGCACAGCAGAUAUCGACCGAAUUAAGGUUGAAACUGUGCCCAUCAGAAUGAGAUAAACGCAAUUUCGUUAGAUGAUUUUUGUUAUAGAUUUUGGAGUUUGUACUUGUUUUGUUAAAUCCACUUAUUAUUAUUGAUAUUUUAAAAUAGCACUUCACAUUAUACCAUUGGUCGCCAGGUUCCUUAUGUACAUUGAUAUGGCGCAACAAAAUAAUUAUCCCUACCAUGUUCAAGUACAUUGAUAGAGUUAUGCCAUAAAAAUCCACUGGUGCCAUGUGUAAUAUGUUAUCUUGUUUGAACGAUUUGUCUAUGUAUAUCGUAGAUGCUGCAUACCCUCUACCAGGGCGACAGAUAGAUUUUUUACAGAUAUUCACAAAUAUGUCUCUAGAUAGAUAGAUAGAUGGUCAUUUUGGUGACUUAGAACCAAAUGACCAUUUAUCUAUCUAGAGACAUAUAUGUGAAUAUCUGUAAAAAUCUAUCAGUCGGUCUGGUAGAGGGUAGAUGCCGAAUACAAUGUUGAGUGUUUGAUGGAAAUUGCCAAAAAAAAUAUAUAUAUUCCCUGCAUUUUUGUUACAUGUAUAGCACAUACCUACAUGUAUUUCCAUUUUGUCUUUAAUAAAAGAUCAUAAUUCAGA